AUGCAAUACAGCGUUUUUCACCUCGAGAGAGACGAUAUUCUAGAACCCGCAGAGACCGCCCUCCGCGACACAGAUGGCACCCGACUCUACGAGACCUGGGACAGUGGUCUUCUAGCCAGGAUAAUCCAUCUCAAUGACGUUCCCAGACUGAAGCAAUAUCUCUCUGUCUACACGUGGCUGAGUCUUGACCACGAAGAGGAUAUCUGCUACGACCCGCUAGGAGUCGCCGCGGAGGCGGGGAGCACCGAUGUUCUCCGUGCCCUCGUGGAUCACUAUUACAAGACCACUUCAACAAACAAGCCGCUCCAUCGACGAAAACACUCAUUGUUGAGUGCAGCAUGUAGUGGGCCCCAUCUUGAGACGGCGCAGUUUAUCCUGGGCAUGCAGCCUACACCCGAUUCCCUCGAUUUUAAUCAGUCGGAUCGUAAUGAAGCGCUGUUGGCGGCUGCAGGGGCUCUGACUCAUUUGCCCCCGGAAGUUCCCAAACAUGGGACACCGAUCAAUCCCGAUCAAUGGAGGAGCGAUCUCAUCGUCCGUGGCGAGGAAUUGAUAAGCUUGCUCCUCGAUAGCGGUGCGUCUGCUCAAGCGGUUGACCUCCCCAUUGAUGAAAGAGAAUGGGCGGGUAGGCUACUCUGUGGUGGUAAUGCAGUCAAAAAUGAUGAUGAUGAAAGCCAAUCACUACAAUCCUUUGGUACUGUUCUCGGUCUAGCUUCGUCUAGAGCCAGUUCUGCGUUAGUGAAACGACUCAUUGACCAUGGGGCCAAUAUACACGCGAAGGAGCAGUACCAGUGCCACGGUCCCUCCCACUUUUGGUUUGAUAUGAGAAUACCAUGGAAUGUUACUUCACUUCAUGUUAGUAGCAUGUAUUGGAAUGUGGAGGCACUUAAAACGCUUCUUGACCAAUGGGGGAGUGAUAUCACAGAGUCGCUGUCCUGCCGCGAUAGUAAUGGACGUCUGCCUCUUCACUGGGCAGCCGCGGGCCCCGGCUCGCAGGAAUGCUGGCUUUCUGAUAUUCACGUCAAAGAUCGGAUCAUCGAUACCCUGAAGCUACUCCUAACUGGCAGUGAUAUCAAUGCUCGGGAUGAUCUAGGUGCAAAUGUUUUGCAUCACGCAAUAGGAGGGCACGCAUGCUGUGCUGGGAGCAAACACUUCGAUACCCUGAUCAAGUUCUUACUGGAGAACGGAGCCGAGGCAGAUGUAGUGGACAAGAAUGGCCAAACUGUGCUACACAAGUUCGCAUCCAAUUGGAAGCGAGGCGGGCCUAUUGAUAUCUCUCUGAUGGAUACCUUUCUAUCACGCGGUGCUAAGAUCAACCAGCAAGACAAGGACGGAAGUACUGCCUUGCAUCGUAUGGUCACGGAUCUACGACAGGUUCAGGCGGUCAAAUUUUUAAUUAGUCAAGGAAUAGACGUCAGUCUCACCGAUUCCAGAGGAAAUACAGCCUUGCAUCAUUGUUUGCACUCGGGAAGCAUUUUGGACAGGGAGACGAGCAAUGGACCCAUGGUACCCACAUUUGCUGAUCAGAGAAGAGCGCUGGAUGAGAUGCGUGGGGUCUUGCUGGAGGCAGGGGGUGAUGGCAUGAUGGAUCAGCCAAAUUUACGGGGCGAGACACCGCGACAGUUCCAGUUUAACAAGCUGGAAUGGUGGCGGCGGGCUGAGUUUCCAGGACUGUUCCCAAAACCUGCAGGGAGGGGGAGACCUAGAACAACCGAUCUUGUCAAUAGCUAG